UAAAUAAAACGCAAGUAGCAUUAUCACUCAAGCUGUUCGGCCAACUAGAGGCCCAUUCAAUUCGGUCGAAGCACCAAUACAAGAAGCGCUUUUAUUCUUCUGGUUUUGCUCUGUUAACCCCGGCAGGUUUUAACUGACUAAGAAUGGCAAUUGGCGUUGCGGCUAUUCUACUGAUGGCGUUACUCGCACCUGUCACGCAUGGCGUGACAACUUACAACACUGGAGCGGGUACACUUUACACGCUCAAGGUGGUGAAAGAUGUGGCACUGGAACGUUCGACGACCAACUUCAAUUAUUUGACAUACCUUCUGGUAUCCAAGCACCCGCAGUAUCCCAACAAGCGAUCCUUGGUGCAGUUUGAGAAUCUACCCACUGCCUGCCUCGCCUGCAACAUCAAAUCAGCCAAGAUGUACUUAUACUAUAAAUACGCGCACAAGGCUAGCUGGCAUUCGAUCUACCGGACCCCUUUCAUUCCCCGUUACAUUCAGGCUCACUUGGUGAAAAAAUAUUGGGUGGAAAGUCAAGCCACCAGCACCAAGCGCUAUUCCAGCGUAUCCUGGUCCGCACCAUGGCUGGCCUUGGACGGCAGCGAUGCAGAGGCCGAACCUCAAGAUUGGAACCCAGUCACAAUUUAUCCCUUGCGCCCCGAAGGCUUCGUGGAGUUUGACGUCACAUCUGCAAUCAGGAAGUGGCGUGGCGGCGUGCCUAACUAUGGCCUGGUGAUCCGUGCAGUCAAUGAGCUGCAAGCAGGAAGAGGCAUCCGCUUUUACAGCAAUAGAUAUAGUGAUUCUAGCAAGCACGCCUAUGUUCGCGUUCUGUGCUAAGCAUGAAAAAAAGAGCAAGCAUUUCAUUCCCCAUAAAGCCAGUGAGUGUUACGAAGUAGAGUAAAUAACGACGAUAACGUGUUUGGGGAUCAAUUGUAACUGCUUAUAGCAUUACAAAUAAAAUGAUAAAGAAAUGUGACAAAA